CAGAGUCCUUCACUCUGCCGCCGCUGAGGUCAGCUGGAGGACCGGGUGAAGCACGGGGAGCUGCGGUGCAGGAAACUUCAAAAUCUCCAACAAAAUGGUGAUGAGGAUAAGAGAAGUGCCAAGUCAUGGAUAGACCGCCACAAUGACACAUGAGACCCUCACAAGCUCUCAGCUGUCUGUCAAGGCUGCUGCCCUGCGCAUGGUUAACCUACCGCUGUCCGUCUACAGCUCCCUGGCUCAGGUGAGUGUCAGCACAGGCACCAAAAAGCUGGUGGCCGCCACUACCUUUGGUGCCAUCUCCCUCCUCUUCCUUGCACGCCGCUUCCAGAGGAGGAAGGGUAAAAAGAAGGCUCACUCGCCUCAGUGGGAGCAGGCUGGUUUUGAGUUUUUCCCCCCAACCUCAGCAGAGAACGAUAACACCAGCCAAAACAUCACUGUCUCCCUCAACUCCAAGAAUGGCUACUCCUCUGGCCUGGUUCUCACCACAGGAGAUUACAGAAAACUGUCCGGGUCUCUGCUCAGUUUGGCCUCGGUAAAGAGCAUAAACUCAUCGAGCAGCAGCACCUGUGCAAAUGAAUCCAUCUGUUGGGACAGAGGGGGGGACACUGACAUCUGCAGUGUGGUCAACUUACCAGUGACCACACCUGAAAACCUGUACCUUAUGGGUAUGGAUUUGUUUGAAGAGGCUCUGCGGCGGUGGGAGGAAGCGUUGACAUUCAGAAGCAAGCAGGCUGAGGACGACGCAAGUUGUGCCUCCGUCAAAACGGGAGCCGGAGAUGCCAUCGCUGAGCAGAACAUGGAGGACGUCAUCAGCGCAGAGUUCAUCCACCGGCUGAAGUCUCUGCUGCAGAGGGCUUACCGCCUCCAGGAGGAGUUUGAGGGAGUGUUGGGCAUGUCAGAGCCUUCAUCCCACAGCAGCAGCAGCCAGGAUAAAAUGGCAUACAUUUUGACCAGAGAGGAGCUGGAUGACGUCUGCCUGAGAGACAGCAUCAGCAUCGCCUCCACUGACUCAUUCGUUUCAGCUGCGGAGCUGUCAGAUCACAGAGAGCUGAGGAGUGUGUUCGCACUGGGUCAUCACUUGUUCUACGAGGAGGCACUACAGAUGGCUGAGGACGGCAAGAUCUCCUGCAGAGUGCUGCGGACUGAGAUGCUGGAGUGUCUUGGGGAUAUAGAUUUCUUGGCUAAGUUGCACUGCGUGCGGCAGGCAUGUCAGCUCAUUUUGGGUGAGAGGACGACCAGGAUGUUUCUGGCCGACACAGGAAGGAAAAUACUGUCUUCCAUUAUUGUUAAAGCACAGAAGAGCCCGAAAAGAUUUGAGGAAGUGUUUGAAGAGAUGAUUUCCUUCCUAGAGCACACAGAGCACUGGGAGAACACCGAGGUGGAGCUGGCCACACGAGGAGUGAGGCACUUGAACUUCUAUGAUAUCGUGCUGGACUUCAUCCUGAUGGAUUCGUUUGAGGACCUGGAGAAUCCACCGAUCUCCAUCCAGAACGUGAUCAACAACCGCUGGCUCAACAGCUCCUUCAAGGAAACUGCAGUGGCAUCAAGCUGUUGGUCAGUGCUGAAGCAGAAGAGACAGCACAUGAAGGUGCCUGACGGGUUCAUCGCUCAUUUCUACGCUGUGUGUGAACAGAUCAGCCCCGUUCUGGCCUGGGGCUUCCUGGGACCCAAGAGCUCUCUGCAUGACUUCUGCUGCUUCUUCAAGGACCAGGUGCUGUACUUCCUGAAAGACAUUUUUGACCUGGACAAAGUGCGUUACUCCUCAGUGGAGAGUCUGGCAGAGGACAUGCUUCACCUGCUGCACCGCCGCUCCGAACUGCUGCUGGCCUACCUGGGAACUGACUCGCUGCGGCACCUCAACGGUUGCAGUUCCCCCCAGGUACAUCUGGUGCCCAGUGCCCUGCUGGAGGCAGGAGCACAAUGAGACCCAGGUCCUCAAACACUACACACAUGGAAAUCUCAGUGUUUGUUCUGCUGUUAAGUUCACACCAACUUGCCGGACCAAAGAAAACUAUCUGUGGGUGUGACUGCAUCGUUGUGCAGCAGGUGGGGGGGUCAGAGCCAGAGGCUUCAAACAGUCUAAUGACUUUACCUUAACUUGAUUUUCCUCCCAUCUGGUCCACAAAUCUGCUUAAAUUAACACUCACUGAAGAAUUUUAACAUGAAACACUAUCUCCCAUCAUGCCGUGUGCUCUCAUUGCUCUGCAUCUAAGGAUCCGGAUAAACUGGAUAAACUGAACCAGCUGUCUGCCUUCACACAUGAUCAUUAUCUCCUGUGCGGCCUCUUCCUCCUCUCCCCUGCCCCCUUUUCACCGUGCCAUGGCAGCGCACGUUACUUUUACAAUAUCAGAGCAAUAAUAUGUAUAAUCUAAACUUGCAGUGAGCCUGGCAUUGACUCUCAGUAGAGUAGAUGUUACGCUGUGUACAUUAGGGCAUAUUUAUUGCCAUUAAGAGCAAUUUGUGUGUGAAGAAAACGAAGGUAUUUUACCAUAUUUAUUUUCUAAUACAGCUAAAUGAUGCAGGGUUUAUUUUUUAGAAGCUAUAGUUGUGCCUGUUCACGUCAAUGGAUCUGUGAGCUUCAAACAUAGUUUAGGGCAGUUUGAAUAAGUGAUAAGAGAUUUAUUAGAUGUGUUAUCACAUCCUGCUGAACAGCAGCAAUGCAGCACCAUUAAAUGUACUUGAUGUUUUUGCUACAAGCACAUGUUGCCCAGGGAAAUGACUGAACAAAGGGAAAACGUGCUGACUGGAGCCAUUUGACAAAAGACGAGAAGUGUCAGGCUUCGCUCUGUCAUUACAUUUAACAUGCAACUGUAGUAGGUGCAAACAUUAAACAGACUUUACUCUGCCAGCUGCCGAGUACAAAGUCUGUGUCGUAUCUGAUUGAGCUGAUGUGAGCUGAAUAAAGCAGGUAAUUGUCUGGAUAAUUCACAGCGAGCAGGUGGGCGUGUUGAUGGAACAGUAAGAGACUCGGUUGUUGAUCAUGUAAACAAAACACUGCGAUUUCCUGCCUCCUGCACGCUCUGCCCAGGUGCCACCUCUCUCCUAAACCAACCAUAUUUCCAGUAGGUGAGAACAUGUCUCACACGGACAACCUCCUGUUGUGAAAGGACAACUCCAGACAGUGUACGGACCUGAUACAGAUAUGAAAACGACUUUACUUAAAAGGGAAAGUUGCUUUUAUUUGGCACCAGGACUCAAAAACCUUCACGCAAUACUAGGACCAUGAUGAUCCCAUCUGCUACAGGAAACAAAAGAUUAUACAUCACUGUUUCAUAACCCUCCAGCUGUCUAACAUGUGCCCCUCCGUUUUUUCAUGACGGGCAAACAACACGAAAAGCCUUACUGUCAGUGCACAUAUUCAAGCCUUGUCUUCAUCACUGAAUGUCAGUCUAAAAAGUCUUUUUUGUUUUUUCGUGACCUGUGAGCUUUGAAAAAUACUAAUAUUAUUGUCUGCUCUGCUGAUCAGUCACUGCCAUGUACAGAACAUGCACGACGUGAAAGCUUUGAUCAGAGUUACAGCAGGACUAAAUGUGUGCUGACAAUUCGAGUUGCUGCAUAUUGGAACAACAGUGUCGAUCAUUUUACGGCAGACGGACGACCCUAAAGUGGCCGUCACUGUCAGGUGUCAUCAGUCCUAUUUGCAGGAUUCUCUUCUUAAAAGAUGGACUUGGAAAAAUGUGAACCUGUCAUUUGUUGCUGUAAUCAUUCGUCCUGCUCAUGAACAGAUCUGCUCCCACGGUCCUGAAUUCUUAAACUAACGAAGCUCCAGCAGUUUGAGGUUGACAAAUCAAAGUGGUUAUAUUAUGAACUUAAUCAGAUUUGGAUUUGUCAACUGACCAAAAUUCAUGGGUUCCAGCCUCUCAGAUGUCAAUAUUUUCUCAUGGCGACGCUAAUGACAACAUUUCAAACACAUCUUUGCAUCUUUGCACAGACUGUGGAUUUUCUCCCUUGUGUUUAAUUGGAAUCACAUUGGGAACAAAUCUUUUCAGGGCCAGUGCGAACAGGACGAAUGAUAAGUGACUCAACAGUUUCCAGAGUCUGUGGCUUUAAGGUGAUUCUCAUUUUGUCAACACACAGUGAAGAAAGUUGAAUAUUUGUGAGCUCAACUUGUUUUUGUGAAUAAAUUAAGCAAAUAAAAACAUGAAUAUGCGUUUGAUGGAUGGUUUGUAUGGGGGGUUUUUUUAAAGCCAUUA